AUGCAUCCAAAUCGCGCCGAUGCCACAACUAGCCGAGGUAGACAGGACGAUUGGACUGGAGUCAAGGAUGCCGCCGCACGCCGUCGAGCACAGACAAGACUAAGCACAAGGGCAUACCGAAAACGCAAAGCUCUAGCAAGGAAGGCAGAAGCACCCAGUGGCACGGCCGGGACCCUGGUUCAAUCAGAUGAGCCAGUGGAAUGCUGGGACAUUGCUCAGCAAUCAAUCUGCAUAGUCCCAGCAUCCCGUAUCAAACAACUAUACAAUUCGAGAAAUCCCUUGCUACCCAAUCAGCGUAAGAAAGAGCAAUGUCAAAUCCUCUUCCCCCUCUGUCCGGAUCAUCUCAUUACGCUCCUCCAAUAUAACGCCCUCCGCGCUCUGGCCGUCAACCGCACCUUAAUUUCGGGUAUCCUCGUCACGCCGCUCGACUGUGAUAAAGAAGUUAUUCACGUCAUCCCUUACCCUACCAAGCCUGAACUACUCCCUUCAGCGCUUCUGCCCACCGCCCUUCAACAAAGGGUGCCGCACGGCGACUGGAUUGACCUGUUCCCGUGUCCUGAGGGACGAGACCGCCUGAUUCAGGCCGCUGGCACAUUUGAUGAGGACGAGCUGUGGGCUGACUGUAUUGGCGGGCUAUACGAAGGCUAUCCAGACGACGAGAUCAAGCGACGCGGCAUCAUUGCAUGGUCACCGCCCUGGGAUAUUACGGGGUGGGAAAUGUCGGAAGGAUUUCUGAGGAAGUGGGGUUGGUUAUUCCAAGGGCUGCCGGGAGCGUUAGAGGCGACGAAUCGGUGGCGGAUGCAGAGAUGCGAGGAGCCGCUUGUGCAUGAGGACUGCAGGGCACAUGCAAGUGUAUGA